AAUGAUCCAAAAAGAAGAAAACAAAAAUGAUUGUGAGAUUUGCAUUAAGUUUCAGUUUGUUGCUUUUGCUAUUUACCGAUCUAGCAUCAGCAGCUAAUUCCACAGCAAAACCUGGUUGCAAAGGCAGCUGUGGUGAUGUUAGAGUUCCCUACCCUUUUGGAAUUGGACCCAACUGUUCCUUGAAUGCAUGGUUUGAGGUCUCUUGCAAUGAAACUUCAACCCCUCCUACAAUUUUACUCAAAAGAACAAACAUGGAGGUUUUGAAUUUUUCUUUGAGAUCUGCUGAUUAUGAUCCGGACCUUGAGUACCAUCGUGUGAAGAGUCCAGUAGUUUCAAUGAACUGUUCAGGUAGGGAAACCAGCCUUGGGGUGGAUCUAACAGGCAGCCCUUUCUUCUUUUCAGAGUACAGGAACAGGUUCCUAGCCGCUGGUUGUAAUAGCACGGCUUUCCUGGCGGAAGUUGACACCAACACUUCGUGUAGAUCAGCUUGUACUGGGGACGCACUCUUUGGUUCUAAUCCUUAUAACAUCUGCCACGAUACAUGCUGCGAGAGGGAAUUACCAUGGGCUCUCAAAACAUUUAAUGCUACCUUUGAUAGCCAAUCUGAUGGGUGCAAGUUAGCCUACGUGGUGGAGAAAAACUGGGCAUCGAAUGUAGCAAACAGGUCCGGUUUGCAGAAAAUGGAGGCUGUGGGUGCUGUGCUUGAUUGGGCGAUACCCAAAGAGGAUUUUGAGUUGAGCGAAGAAGGAAGAGAAUAUAAUUGUACGCCGUAUGGCUUACAGUUGUCGGACCCUCAUAUUGACAAAUCAAUUCGAUGUCAUUGCAAGAGUGGUUAUCAAGGGAAUGCAUAUCUUCCUGAUGGAUGCCAAGAUAUUGACGAAUGCCUGGACGAGUUGAAGUGUGGGGAUGCGACUUGUGUGAAUAAGCCAGGGCAUUACGUAUGCACACGAAGAAAAACUUGGAUUCUUCCUUUAGGAAUUGGUCUUGGCUUUGCAGCAUUGUGCUUAGUAACGUGCUUAGUAAUGGGUGGACGGUGGUCAUACAAAUAUUUAAAGAAAAGAAGGAAAAUGAAGUUGAAGAAAAAAAAUUUUAAACGCAAUGGUGGGUUAUUAUUACAACAACAAAUGUUUGCAAAGCAUGGCAGUUUAGAGAGCACCAGGAUAUUUACUUCCAAGGAGUUGGAUAAAGCAACAGAUAAUUUCAACAAGGACCGAGUGCUCGGCCAAGGUGGCCAAGGAACUAUUUACAAAGGAAUGCUUGCCGAUGAAAGAAUUGUUGCCGUUAAAAAGUCCAAAGGAAUGGCUGCAGACAAAGUCGAAGAGUUCAUUAAUGAAGUCGUCAUCCUUUGCCAAAUUAAUCAUCGAAACGUGGUUAAACUUAUAGGGUGUUGCCUAGAGACCGAAGUUCCGUUACUAGUUUAUGAGUUCAUCUCAAAUGGAACAAUUUAUCAAUAUCUGCAUGACCAAAGUGAGGAAUUCGUAUUAUCAUGGGAAACACGAUUAAGAAUUGCCAAAGAAAGUGCCGAAGCCCUUGCGUACUUGCACUCUUCGGCCUCAAUUCCGAUUUAUCAUCGAGACGUCAAGUCCACAAACAUCUUAUUAGACGAGAAGUUCAAGGCGAAAGUUUCAGAUUUCGGGAUAUCGAGAUCAGUUUCUAUAGAUCAAACUCACUUGACCACGCACGUACAAGGCACAUUCGGAUACUUAGACCCUGAGUAUUUCCAAUCGAGCCAAUUCACGGAUAAAAGCGAUGUGUAUAGCUUUGGAGUCGUGCUGGUUGAGUUACUAACAGGGGAAAAACCGGUUUCUUUCGAAAGGGAAGAAAAUAGUAGGAGUUUAGCCUCGUAUUUCACCAAUUUGGUGGAAAAGAACCAAGUGAUGGACAUUGUUGACAGUCGAAUUGUGAAGGGAGUGAAACAUGAAGAGGUAAUGAUGGUUGCUAAACUUGCAUACCAAUGCUUGAGCUUGAGUGGGAAAAAGCGACCAAUGAUGAAAGAAGUUGGUAUAGAGUUAGAACGGAUCGUUUUGAUGCAGAAGGGUUCAAAUGUGUCAGAAUUUAGUGCAACUUUCUGCUAGUUAUGAAUUGGUCAAGUUAUUCAUUUUUAUUAGGAGUCGAUUAGCAUAUUUGGUCCUAUAUUUGUGCAAAUAAAAUAUGAGCACGUUAGCUUCUUGUUGUCAAAGUAGUUCAGUUAUUUUGGGAAGCUUUUUAGUAUAAAUAGAUGUUUUACACUGAGCCAAAAGUGUAGCACUUCAAUUUCUGUUUCUUUGUAUCAUCUUGAUUGAGCAAUAAUAAUAUUUAGCUUUAUUUUUA